AUGUGGCGGGAUUCCGAGCCUCUGCUCUCCUUCGUGCUCUCAAGGUCACGGUCAAACUUUAAACAUGAGUUGCUGCUAAGCAACGUUGCGGGUAUCCCGAUAUUCCAACAGCACGGCUCAAUUGACGACAAUGUCCCUGCGUUUCAUUCGCGCUUAAUGCAUGAAUUACUUGGACAGACACAGUGGCCAUCACAGUAUGAUGAAUUGCAAGGUCAGAAUCACUGGUUCGAUGGCGUAUUGACCACCCCAUCCCUUCUGGCAUUCUACAAUGAAACUGCUACCUUUCCUCGUCGACCAAGGCUUCCUCUGACAUUCACCAUUACUGUUCCGUCGUCAGCAAAUAUUGCGAAAGGUGGAAUCUAUGUCGAUCAAUUGCGAUCUCCUGACAGGAACGGAGUAGUGCGGGUCACUAGAGAUGCGCAUAACGGAAUCUGGUACCUAAAUACGACCAAUAUACAUCGCUUCCACCUUUCGUCAAGAGCCUUGAGUUUCACAAUGCCCUCUGCGCUAGUCUUGGACGGCAGAGAUCGCUUUGAAGUGGGUUACAUUCGGUCUGGACGCAUGUGGUUUUUGAGAGAUUCUCGAGGGAGGUGGACUGUCUCAGAGAGAGCGGAUUGGCGCCAAUUGAAUGAGCGGUAUGGUCGUCAGCUCGGAGCUAUGGAUGCCAUCCUGCGCACCAAGGGCAUCUUCAACAUCAACAUAUGCUCAGCUGGGAUUGAGCACAUAGCUGUGCAAAUCAGUCGUAAUCUUCUACAAUAUUUUGCUGCAGAUUCCCAACUAUCACGGCAAUGCGGCUCCCUAAUUAACUCCAACAGCAAUCAGGACCGAGUUGUCGAUAGCGGGAAUGUUAUCACACUUGCCCUGGGCAACGAGCUACCUUCAUCGAAGUAUAUGUCAUUUCCGAUUCGCAUACAGGGCCAAAGACUCAGUCUCUUCCAGGGUUGUUGUUGGCCUCAGGCAGACACAGAGGCAAACCUCCAGUCCAGCAUGAACCGAGAGUGUAAGGUAUAUGAAUUCCCCUUCGAGCGAGGCAUGGGCGCCCUCUUCCUCCGCCCUUUGGAGAAUGAGAGACUCGAGCUUGUCGUAUGGGGAGCAGACUUGUCUGGUCUUGAGCAAGCUGCACGUCUUGUACCUACCCUUACCGGUGUUGGGCAACCAGAUUUUCUCAUUCUUGGCGAUAGUUGCCGUUGGCAGGGACACGCUGGAGCAUACGCAGCUGGUUUCCUCGAUCGAUCUUGGCAGAUAUCGUCCGGGUCUCAUAUUCGCGUUGAUGCCAGCCUGAAUGAGCAAAGUUCAAAAUACGGUGCUUGA